CAGCUAAUGUCGAUUGGACGAGGUAGAGGCAAAGCUAGGUCAAAGUCAAGUAUUAAUGUGAUAAGUGAAAAUCUUGGAAUAGGACGAGGGGACAUAGUCAGUUUGACUGCACAAAUUCAGCCCCAAGAAACUUUCCCACCUCUUCUCAGAAAACCUCAACCACUGCGAGAGUCCACUCAGCACAAUUAUCUUAUUGCUUUAAAGCAAGAGUUCAGAAACUAUAUGAGAGAUUCUCCUUAUCAUAUCCAGCCUGAAACAGAACGUUCCAAAAUUGAGCGUUAUUCUGAUAGAUUUAAACAGUACAAUACACAUAAAGAACUGGAAUGGGUCCCGAACUGGAAUAUGUUUCCAGUAGAACUUAGGAUGAGAACAUCAAAGUUAGCUAAUAAGCCUGACAUCAAACCAAGGAUGAUCGGUCAUCGGCAAGAUCAUUCUGAUGCAACAUUGUUAAAGCGUUUAGACAAACUUCAGAAAUCAGAAAAUUUAAAUAUUGAAGAUGACGGCGAAAGUGAUGAUGAAUUUGCAUUAGAAGAAGAUGAUGAUGUCGAAGAAGACCUCGAUUAUGUUCAGAAUUAUUAUGAUGACGAUUACAAUGCAUUUGAUGAUGAUGCUGAUGAGGGUCCUACUAUGUGAAUACUUCUAUGUCCAUCAGAAUUUCUGUUUUGUUUAAAAAUUUGUUCACUGCAUUAUCCCCAGCAGUCGAAUCAGGUGAAUUUGAAUUAUGUUUUUUCAAGUUCUGUUACAAAAUCCGACAAAUUGUGUCUUUAUUAUUUAUUAUUGCUUAAUAUGUGAAUAAUGCUUCACAUGGGAAGUGUAGUUUUGUUACCCCUAUCUGUUACCCCUAGUUACCCCUAUCUGUUACCCCUAGUUACCCCUAUCUGUUACCCUUAUAAUAGGGGCCCUAUUGACUACAAAACCGCAUUAGAUACCGAUAUUUUCCUUUCCUAUCAUUUUCAA